GCAACACCGCGUCGCUGUACGGCAGUGAUGCUCGGACGAGGAGGUGGUGUGUUUAAAAGGAGCUUAAUAGGCAGUUCGAAAAGGGUUUCGAACCAUGCUGGAUACGCAGUACGAGAAGGAGCGAACGGUGUUUGUGGGAAACCUCUGCGCAUCCGUGACGGAGGAGAUUCUCUUCGAGCUCUUUCUGCAGGCUGGACCCUUGAAGAAGGUUGCCAUUGCCCGGGACAAGGAGGGCCAGCAAAAGUCCUAUGGGUUUGUGUGCUUCAAGCACCGUGAGUCAGUUCCCUACGCCAUUGCCCUACUGGAUGGCAUCUGGCUCUAUGGCCAGCCAAUUAGGCUGAAGCAUAGAUAUGGGAGUCAUGGAGGAGGACAUGACCACAGUGACCCCUUGUGGCCGGACCAGAGUGCACUGGACAACUUCCCAGAACCUUCAGUGUUUCACUUCCCUGGGUUCCCUGGGUUCCCUGGCUGCAGCCCCUUGCAGGACCAGCUCUACUGGAACAUGGUUUGUGGGCGGAGCUCCCAGCAGUACCCCCCCGGUGUACCCCCUCUGCAGUAUUGGCCUCCGCCACUGCACUGGCUGGGUUCGGCGUGCCCCCGGUGGGAAUUGGUACCCCCAAGGCGGAACCCACCCUCCCUGCUGAGCAUCGUUACCCACGAGGCUGUGGAGCGUGAGAAGCACACGGGCAAAGCAGAGUGUGGCAAAGAGCGCAGGCGCAGGAAGGUCCGCGAGAGCCGGCGCAAACAUCGACAGCAAGUGGUCCAGCGGAAGCCCGCCACCACUGGAGAUGAAGUGUGAUGAGACCCCGCCCUCCGAUUGCAGCGGUGCUCCCUACAGUGGAGCUCUGUGUGUGUGUGUGUGUGGGGGUGGGGGGGGAAACACAGCUAUGGUGAACUGCCACCCUUUCUGCUGGUUAUCACAAUUGAUUUCCUUAGCUAUUUUUGUUUGAAUUUUCUUGCUUGGAUGUGAUGCUUCACAUUAAGUAUAAAUAUAUCUUGAGAUGAAAAUGACUUUGUUCUCUGUAAAAUUUAAGAAGAUGUUGCGUUUAGCCUUCUUGCAAUCAGGCGGAGGAUUGUGGGAGGUGUGGAUUGCCAAACCCUCGUCUGAGCUUUUCUGUAGGUGUUCACGCCGACUUUUAAGCACAGGUACUCUGUGUGAUGGCCCACGGGUCUCCAGGCAGUUUCCUCCUGUGGGACCUCCAGGUGUUCUUGGACCCUUUUGAGUUGACCAGGUCAAGUGUCUUACUCUGUGCUCCUAUAUCCCAUCUCCUAUAGUCUGUUGAAAUGUUUAUUUCUGCUGUAAAACUGUACAAACAGGAGGAAGAUCUUCCAAGUUCGAUGAGUCAUAAAAGAUCUUCAC